CAAAAUCUAUGGAGGAAAGAGCAGGAAAGUGAGGGAAAAUUUUAGUGGGCAAAAGAAAAUAGAGUGAAAAUUGCAUUUUUUUAAUUUUUUGAGAUAUUAAGAGAAAGAAACGGUAGAUUGAGGGAGGCAAAAAGAAGAAAGGAGAGAAAUGAAGCACAUUUUCAAGAAGCUACACAAAGGCCAUAAUCAGGAGCCUAAUCGGACCAACGAGACGCCACCGCCGUCUCUCUCAUGUGCCACCGAUCAUCAACGUACCAUGUCCGGAAACUCUCCGACGAGUCCCUCCACGUCUGUUCCGGUUACUGUUCCGACGAGCUUUGGGAAUACUACAGCAGCGUCGACUGUGUCGGCAAAUAAUAGUACCGAUUACAUGUUGUCGGAGGUGGAGUUCCAGGUUCAGUUAGCUCUAGCGAUCAGCGCGUCGAAUUCGGAGGAUCCCGAGAAGGAUCAGAUCCGCGCGGUGACUCUGCUGAGCUUGGGCGGCCAUCAUCAGAUGGAUACAGGCGGGGAUAGGGAGGAGGUGCCCGCAGAGGAUUUAUCGAGACAUUAUUGGUUGCUGCGGUUUGGUUUUGGAUUGUUAGGGUUAAUGCAAUUUACCCUCAGGAGUACAGUGUGCUUGAUGAUGAAGACAAAAGUGGUUGAUGGUUUCUAUGACGUGUAUGGGCCUUCCUCAAAUUCAGCACUCCAAGGAAAAAUGCCAUCUCUUGCAGAUCUUGAGACAAAUCUUGGGAAUUAUGGCUUUGAAGUUGUGGUUGUCAAUCAAACAAUUGACCCUGUCUUAGAAGAGCUGGUGCAAAUUGCACAUUGUAUUGCAUUAGAUUGCCCUGCUAGUAACGUUAGUGUUUUAGUCCAAAAGCUUGCUGAAUUUGUCACAGGCCACAUGGGUGGAGCUGUUAAGGAUGCUAAUAUAAUGUUGGCAAGGUGAAUGGAAAGGAGCACAGAAUUGAGAACAUCUCUUCAUACAAGUUUGUUGCAUAUUGGGUGCAUUAAUUUAGGAUUGUCUCGGCAUCGUGCUUUACUUUUAAAGGUUAGUUAUUUCGUUUUUUGCAAAUAAUUAGGAACUUACGUA